AUGAGAGCCCCGUGGCUCGUCCUGAUUCUCGCGGAGAUCCUGCCGCCGUUGUUGCUCCUAGGGGAGGCGGUUUGUCAGCGUAAUGACACCGACUUGAGUGCCGGCACCAGCGACGGCCAAAGGUCAAGAGAGACUUCGCCCAGACGCAGACGGGAACUCGCUUUUCCGAAGGGGAGCGCCUUCGUGGCAACCCUGACCCUCCUCAAGUCUAUCCAGAUUACCGAGCCCAGUAAUUGGAACCUCGACCUGGAAUUCGACAUGAUCUGGCCCAUACCGAGCCAGGAGGACCUGAGGAGAACCGUGCUUGGAAGACCGGCGAAACUGAAACGCCGGCACCGGCGCGAGCUCUACGCCAACUUCGAGUCGGCGUUGAACAGCCGGAACUUGCCAGGACGAUUGUGCAUUCUUCGCGCGAUAUGCGAGGCCGAGACGGUGCUGAGUCCCCCGGGGUUCUCGCUGAUCGAAGACGCCAUUCGUGUUAUUUUGAGGAAUUUCGAGGAUGCGGACAAUCGCGAUUGCUAUGACGUCGCGUAUCGAAGGAGAACCGACUGCGAGGUCGCCUAUCCCUGUCCGUUCUCGCUGUUGAGGCUGCUGUUGUAUAAUUUGUACGCGCAGGAACCAUGACCGCCGGUGGAAAGUGUUCGAA